UAGUUCAGACUGGCUAGACUUACAUGGCUACUCAGUACACAGUGCUAUACGGAUCCUUGAAGAUUUUAUCAACAGAAAACAAAGAGAAAACGGUUCCAUGAUUCAUGUCGUAACUGGACAAGGCCUACAUAGCCCAUCAUAUGGACCAGUCAUUAAACCAGCGGUUAUGCAGUACUUGAACAACUCAGGCUAUAGAUGCAGAUGGAGUGAUGAUGGAGGAUCAGUAACUGUAUUCUUGAGAUGAACAGGCUUACAUCCUGGAACGAAAAUAUUCUAUAAUGUUUUUAACCCUGCUUUUUGUAUUGAGGUCUUUAAUGAAAUUGUGUGUCGGUGAUUGCAUUAUGUUAAGUAACCUUAUGCUAAAUUCUAUAAUUAGCACGGAGCAUUUAAAGUUUAUUUUUAAAAGAGUCUGGCUUAUAAACUUAUUUAUGUUUUUAAACAAAUUAAAAUAUAUAAAAUUAUAAAAAAAUAAAUUUAAUGA